GAGAGAGCAAACAAACACCAAAAAUAAGUCCAAAAAGACACCAACAAAGCAUAAAGGAAAAGGAAGGCUCUAUUGAAUGCAAGGGGUCAUUGCCACACACUCGUGGCAGAAAUAUAAACACCUACCAAGUGAAAGAGAUUUGAGAGAGAGAAAGAGAAUUAAAGUUCAAAACAAAAUACCCUUUGGCCUUUUUCUUUCACCACCCCACCCCCACAAGAGAAAGUAACUAAUUGAUCCUUCAACACAUGAAAUAGAAUUACAAGACCGAACUAGAAGAGACCACAAUCAUCAGUACUCAUCCCUUGGAUCAAAAGGAAUCAAUAAGCCACAGUUCUCACAAAACAUCACACAGAAUAUAGAGGGAGAUGAAAAAGGAAUUAGAAGAUCAUGGCCAGUGUUCCUCUCCACCAAUCAUCAACAACAACAUUCAAAGCUACAAAGAACACCUUCUUCUUCAACAACAGAUGCAACAAAACAGUGACAUCUUUGGUGGUGGUGGUGGUUCAAAAGGGCUAAUGUUCCCACCUGAAGUAGUCUCUUCAAUCUUACAACAACAACCAUGGUCCAUUCCUCCAGUUCCCUCCUUCAAUCCCAACCCGGUUCACUACAACAACACAAACCCGGUUCAUCUUCAUGAGCAAGCAUCAUCAUUUCUUGUCCCUCCUCCCACAACAACACCUUCACCCUAUGCAAGCUUCUUCAGCAGCAGAAGGGUUGUCCCUUCUCUCCAUUUUGCAUACGAGGGUCCCUCUUCUCAUCAUGAUCACCACCAUUUGAGGAUCAUAUCUGACACCCUUGGACCCAUGGUUCAACCCGGUUCAGCAGCACCCUUUGGACUCCAAGCCGAGCUGGGAAGGAUGACUGCUCAAGAAAUCAUGGAGGCUAAGGCUCUUGCUGCUUCCAAGAGUCACAGUGAAGCUGAAAGAAGACGCAGAGAGAGAAUCAACAACCAUCUUGCCAAGCUUCGCAGUUUGCUUCCUAACACUACCAAAACAGAUAAAGCUUCAUUAUUAGCAGAAGUGAUUCAGCAAGUGAAGGAGCUGAAGCGCCAAACCUCACUCAUAGUAGAAAUGAGUACAGUGCCCACCGAAUCAGACGAGUUAACGGUGGACGCAAUCGACGAAGACGGAAAGUUCGUGAUCAAAGCCUCACUGUGCUGCGAAGAUAGGUCAGAUCUCUUACCUGACCUAAUCAAGACGCUAAAAGCAUUGAGACUAAGAACCCUUAGGGCCGAAAUCACUUCACUCGGUGGACGUGUGAAGAACGUGUUAGUCAUAACCGGUGAUGAAGAAGAAAAUUCGAACACCAACAAUGGAGAACAAAGCAUGCAACAACAAUAUUGUAUUAGCUCAAUACAAGAAGCACUUAAGGCAGUGAUGGAGAAGAGUGGUGGUGGGGAUGAAUCAGCUUCUGGGAAUGUUAAGCGCCAAAGGACUACUACUACUAAUAAUAAAAUCAAUAUCCUUGAACAAAGCUCUUUAUGAAUUAAUAACAGUAUAUUUUCUCUAA